AUGGACCUGCCACCGGAGCUUGUCUGCCGCAUCGCUGGCGGCCUUGAUGACCUCAAGUGGUACACGAGUGCGCGGGGCGCCUGCACGACAUGGCGUCGCACACUUGUGCCGCCAUCGCCAUCCCUGCUCAUCGACCACGGCGACGGCAAGCUCUGCCCCGCCGCGCGCCGCUCCUUCAAGCUCACCACCAUCCCGUUGGCCAGGACCUGUCUCGGCUGCUGUAGCGGAUGGCUCGCCCUCUCCAUUUGCAUCGACGGCAUCCGUAGCCUGCUCAACCUCUUCCACCCCAUCACGGCCGUUGAGAUCCUCCUACCCCUGCUUGUCUAUGACAGUCGCCUUGUCUCCAAGAUCGUCUUUGCUCCCAACCCUGCCACUGACGACUUUGUGGCCACUGUGAUCUGUGACAUUGAUAGGGUUGCCUACAUCACCACAGGGGCCAGGAGGUGGUCCGUCCUCGACCCCAUCCGCCUCACUGUUAGAGACCAGCUCAUCGACCUCCUCUACCACGAAAAUGGUAGGGUCUACUUCCUCACUCGGUUUGGAGACGUUCACGUGCUCUUCCUACCGCAGCGCCACCACCCGGAACCUAUCAUCCUCGAGGUCGACACAUCAGCAUAUCCUGCAGUGCAUAAUAGGAAAAUCAUCCAGAUGCAUGGGACAAGACCGGAUUUAAGUGCGCCGGCCACCAUUAAGGCAUUGUUGUCAUCUAUGGGAAGCAACCUAUCGUAA